GCACUGAAAACGAAAUACGAACUACGAAACAAAUUCGUAAUCGAAACUUCUACUCGAACCGCAGCAGAUUACAUCAAAGAGUGUAGGAUAGCCGAUAAGAACUUUGUCAACUGCUCCACCCAGAGCAUCCAGCAGCUUUUCGACAAGCUCAACGACGGCAUACCCGGCCUCACCAGCAUCAAGAGCUUCGAUCCCUUCCACCUCAACCGCAUCCGGAUCACGCAGGGCAACAGCAACGCCAUCAAUCUCAAAGUGGAGCUGGCCAAUGUCAAAAUUGUGGGCUUCGGCCAUACCCAUGUCCUAGAGAGCCAGGUUUUCAAGAAGGACUACAGCUGGAAGACCACCUUUACACUGCCGGUUAUGAAACUGAAGGGCGACUACAGUCUGUUUGGACGCAUUCUACUCAUCCCGCUCAAUGGCAGGGGACAGGUCUUCCUGGAUGCGGACAACAUGACGGUUACCAUGCACACCAAGACGCGACUUUAUUCCAAGGGCGGUUUCACCUUCUACAAUGUGACCAACUGUCGCGUAGACUUCAAGAUAGAUGGCCUCAAGUCGUACUUCUCCAAUUUGUUUAACGGCAACAAGCAAUUGGAGGACAGCACCAACAAGUUCUUCAACGACAACUGGCGCAUGCUGGCGGAUGCCCUCUACACAGUCAUCACCCAGACCAUUGAGGAUAUUCUGCUAGACGUGCUGAAGAAGAUUUUCCAUUACAUUCCAGCCAACUACUUUGUCAGCGAUAUUCCAACGCCCGAACAGCUCUACGGGAAGGCCAAGCCGAAGCCCAAAUGAAGAAAUAAGCUACAACCACUGGGAUCUGGGAACGGAUACAGAUGGGAAUGGCAACGGGAAUGGGAAUGGGAA